CAGAAUGCGUCACACCCGGAAGUGGAGAGCCGGAAGUGGGGUUGGACAGGUUAUCCCCACGGGUGGGGAAACGGAGGCCCUGGAGGAGGGGGAAAAAAGGAGGCCGAGGAUCCUUGCUACUAACCUGAAUCGGAUACCGAUUCUCUUAGAACCCAGAGACACAGAAAAAGGGAAGGGUGUAUCAUUCCCCUUCCUCCCCUCCUCCUUUUCCUCAGCCUUAGCCAUGGCCGAGGCAGGGGCCGGGCUGAGUGAGACCGUCACUGAGACAACGGUUACCGUGACAACCGAGCCCGAGAACCGGAGUCUAACUAUCAAACUUCGGAAAAGGAAGCCAGAAAAAAAAGUGGAAUGGACGAGUGACACAGUAGACAAUGAACACAUGGGACGCCGUUCAUCAAAAUGCUGCUGUAUUUAUGAGAAACCUCGGGCCUUUGGUGAGAGCUCCACCGAGAGUGAGGACGAGGACGAGGAAGGCUGUGGUCAUUCACACUGUGUUCGGGGCCACCGCAAAGGACGGAGUCAUGCAACCCCAGGACCGACCCCUACUACCCCUCCUCAGCCUCCAGACCCCUCCCAGCCCCCUCCAGGGCCAAUGCAGCACUAAAUUCCUCUUUCCCCCAUCAUUCCUGUGUCUGUUUGGCCCUGAAUGUAUCCAUGUGGCUACCUGGGGGCUAAAUCCAUGGUUUGAUUUCUUCUUCAGCCCCCCUCCUUCCCUUUUCUUUGCCUCAUAGAGGGAAGAAGUAGAGGAGGGUGGACAGAGAUCCUGGAAUUCUGACUUGCUGCUAUUCCAGAACCCAGUCUUCUGGGUUCUUCCAGCCCUCAUUUCUCUUUCCAGUCCCAUCCUUACCAGGGAUCUAGGCAUCUUGGACCCAGUCUCUUUCCUUUGUUCUUACUGCCAAACUGCCUGUCCUGGGAUCCAGUUAUCUUGGCCCCUCGCACCCUCAAUUUGAGUCCCAAACACUUAAACUGGGUUUUCAGUAGUCCCAGCUUUCACUGCCAGGGUCCCAGUCAGAUUCCAGGCAUCUCACCCCAGCUGUGCUUGUUAAUCUUGGCUUAGAGCUUUUCCACUUAUGCAUUUAUAUAAUCCGUAAUCUUAGUCCUUGCCUAUAGGAUAUGAGGUCUUAUGGGACACUGCAGGGCUCCCAAAUUUUCCCCUCCUUCCUACCCCUUCAUGCCCUCAAACGGAGUUAGAGAAAGAGGUCUUUGUCGUUCUCACUUCCAAGGGAAAGUGGAACAAGAAAGUCAUGUCCUCUGUCCCCACCCUUUUCAUUUGAUAUAGGAUUUUUGACAGAGAUAAUUUGAUAUUGGUGACUUAGAGCCAACUAUCUUUUCAGCCUUUUAUCCUUUAGCUUCAGAGCCAUCCAACAUAUUCUAGGGGCCUAGGACCCUGGGAGAGGAAGGAAAAGGGAGAGAGCAAACAGAUGUAUUACACUCCCACCCUUUCCUUCCUAGGCUUUGAUGCGUCUGCCAACCCAGAUAUCCAGCUCUCUCAGCCCUCCCCCACCCUUCACUGGGACCUGGUUAUCAUUUUCCAGGUCUCUUGCCAUGCACAGUUGCAGAGAUCAGUCAAAUCCAUAUCAGCACUGAGAUCUCAUUUAUUGCCACAGAUGCACAAAAUAAAUAACCCAACAUCACAAAA